AAUUCUUGUGUUUUUUUUUUUACCAGAUUUGACCAUAUUUAGUUUUACAUAUUGCGAUGGCAACAUGUGAUGAAAUGUCAUCUGAUGUGCCACAUAUACCAGACUCUGCUGUUUCAAAGGACAUUUCAAGCAGCUUUUCCCAGGUGGUAUUUCCUGAUAUUUCAGACUAUUUUCCUCCUGGCAAAAAUGUUCGUGUCAGCUACGUCCUCGCGUCUUCUCUUGAGCCAUCUUCAAGAGAUUGGAUUGGACUUUUCAAAGUUGGAUGGACAACUGCAAGAGAAUAUUGCACAUUCGUGUGGGCUCCAAAAUUGUCAAACGAUGCAAAAGACAGAAGCGUAACUGUUGAGUUCACAGCUUAUUACUUGCCUAAUGAUGAAAAUGAGUUUUAUCAGUUUUGCUAUGUAUCAAAGCAAGGAAACAUUCAUGGUGCCAGUACCCCUUUUCAAUUUCGCAAUUUGACAGAUGGAGAUCAGCUUGUGGAAGUUGAGGAUGAAACUGGUAUGAUUGUCCUAAAAACAAAGACGGCUGCUCUACAGGAGCAAGUUGAACGCAUAACAUCCCAGAAAGAAAAGUUGGAAGGCAAAAUCAAUGAGUUGACAAAUGAGAAAGAAGCAUUGUUGAGCGAUUUGGCUAAAGUUCAAGAUGAAUUGGCAUCGUCAAAGAAAGCUAAUGAGGAUCAAGAAAAACAUUGUAAAGAACUAGAAGAGGAGAUUGACAAUUUGAAGGAAUCACUGAAAACUUUGAAUUCAGAAAUUGAACAAGCAAACGUAAAACUGGCAAAACAAAAGGCUGAACUGGAUGGCGCUGCAUUUGCAAUUGCGAAACUGACAAAAGAAACAUUGGGAAUGAAAGAAAAUCUCGAAAAGGCUUAUACGAGUCACAAGGAAGAAAUUUCAUCACUGAAUGAGCAAAUUCAUUCUAAAGAUCAAAAACUUGUUGAAUCUGAUGGUUUGAUGCAAGAAAUGAAGGACAAAUUGCGGAAAUUAGAGCUCAAAUCGGAUGAUUUGCAGCAGAAAAAUUCGCAAUCAAACACACAAGCUCAAGAGUCUAUGGAUAAAAUUAAAAAAGAGCAGGAGGAGGCUGAGUUGAAGGCUGUCAGAUAUAAGGAAGAAAGAGAUUUAUUCAAAGAUCAGUUCGCACAUUCUGAAGAAGCUCGACGUGAUAUCAUGCAGAACAUGGCAAAAUUGAAAAACGAAAUUCAAGCCAAAAAUGAAGAAAUCAUUGAGAAAAAUCAGAAGUUAUUGGCACUUGAAGAAAAAGCUAAAAUGCUACGAAAUGAGUUGAAAGAAUCCAACAAACUUUCCGUUCUUCAAAAAUCUACAGCUGAAAGUGAGCUUGGUAAUAUUGAAGAUAAGCUAAAUGCAUGUGAAGCUUCAAAACGUCUCAUUUCCACAGAGUUGACUGAAGCUCGUGAUUGCAGAGACAAAUUAAUGUCAGAACUUCACCAAGUGAAACAAGAACGGGACAAUGUGACUCGACAACUGGAAUCGACACAAAGACAACUCAAUGAAUUUGAAAAUAAUUUCUAUGACAUGAAGGAGAAAGCAGAAGAUGCUGAACAGAAGUUGGCAGAGAGUAUGUGCAACAUCACAGAUGAGAAAUUAAAAGCUAAACAAAUGGAGGAAAACUUGAAAGAGGAGAUAUCAAUCUUAAAGUCACAUUUGGAAAGUGCAGACAUGGCUGUGGCCACUGCUGCCUCGGCGGAUAAUGACAAAUUGGAAAUCAGUACACAGACCCUUGGCGGAACUAAUACUGAACCAAAAAGCCCUGUGUCCAGUUCACAAAAAGAUGAUGAUCUGCUCGCGAAAGAUAGAACCAUCGAAGAAUUGAAAAUGCAGAUUGAGGAUCUUCGAACGCGUCUCUCAAUGGGGGCUACUGCUUAUACAGAAAAGUAUAUGGAAUGUCAUAAGCUGGAAAAGAAAAUGAAAAAAAUCCAUGGACAGAAAACACCAGCAAAGGCUGCAAAGCCAGAUUCGGCAUCUAGUGAUUCCCAAGAUGGUCUGAUUCAGAAAAAUGCCCCACAGACUUCUGUGGGAAGUGGAGAAUUGUCUGGUCAAGCUAAUGAGGCCGGUGAUGAAACUGGUGGAAAUUUCAUGUCCAAACUUGAACAGUUGUUCAUGGCAAUUGCUGAUCCAGAUGCAGAAGAACAGGCACAGGCAAGCAAAUUGAAAGUCAGGCUCGACAAAAUGGAAGAGAGCAUGCAGUUUCAUCGCUCCAAAUAUCGCAAAUAUAAACAAAUGUAUCAGGAACUGAAGCAAACUCAUGGAACUUCAAGCAAGAGAUGGACCGAAGAAGUUACUUCACUCAAACAAGAAAUUGUCACUUUGAAGUCAAAUAAUGGUGGAUUACAGGAUGAAAAUCAGGCAUUGAAGGAGCAGCUGAAUGAGUUUGUAAUCAACUCUCGGGAUGUAAAUGUGAUUAAGACACGAUCUGAUGUUCCAAAAUAUCCUUCAGAAACGGUUACUGAGACCUUCCAGAAGCAUGCACGGGAGUCUAAGUACCCUCACAUUGGUUCAUCGAGUUAUCCACACGAAAGAAAUGCCAUCAUCUCACAUAAUGGGGAUAGCAGUUGCGAUAGUGACUCCAGCGAUGAUUUUCAUUUGGCAAGUGCAAGGUUUGGGGCAAUGGGUCUUUGUCCAAAGAACCAGUCCUCAGAUGAUUCUGGAAGAGUUAAAUCUGUACCGAUCGAUAUGCCUGCGUCCAGCUCUAUAGUGAUCAAUCGUCAGCCCAUUAGGUCUCCCCCACUUAUAGAGGUGAUUUCAGAAGAUGGAGGUGCUGUCUGUGCUCCAACCGCACCGACAAUGUCUAAUGAUCGUGGUAAAGCGGGGUCAGCUCGCCAAAGACGCAAUGGCAAAAUGAGGAAAUUGAAGAAAACGAAGAGAGACUAUGCAUAAGUGUCUAAACCCUAUUGUAUAUCAUUUAUCAAUAAGGUAGAUUAGAUACUCCAUCAUGCACUACGCUUGCAUAUCAAUUUUUUUUAAGACUUGUAAAUUGUGAUUAUCGCUAAUAUUUUUAGUUUUGCUUGGCAUUAUAUGAUGAAUGUAUGUAAUACUAGAAUAUACAACUUUGAUCAGCUGAAGUUUAUCUGUCUUUUGUUUUGUUGUAUAUUGAAUAAUUGGACAUACCGUAGUUUAAUUCUCUUUGAAAACACACACAAAAAAAUUAUAUAAUUCUUGCUGGUCCUAUCUGUGAAGUAAGCUUUAUGUAUUUGUUUGUUGGACAUGAUAUUUUUUUCUUGUAUUGUAUAUGAUGAUAUUCAUAAUUUUUCUUUUUUGAUGUUCCGUAAAAUGUUUUAACGUAUGCACUUAAUCCUUUAUGUGUCAGUCAAGGACAAUGUAUAUAGCUUGGUGUUAAGUUGUUUAAUUUGGAAAUUGACACUUUGGUAAGAGAGAAGUCAAUGUGACAUUGUUAAGUUACUAUACCACCAAUAAAGGCAUGACUGUAAAUACUGACCUCUAACCACACUCCUAUUUUUAAAAAAAAUGUGUGGUGUUACAUUGCAAUCAGUGUGUUAAAAAGUACAUUUUAGAAUAUGGUUAAUUAUUGACUUAGUGAUACUAAAUGCGGAGAGGUUGCUCAUUGUUAAGUCAAUCCAUUUGGUGUUACUCACUAUCUUAUGAUGAUAUACAACAUGUACAGAUAUAACUGGUGUUGUGUAUGUCAUUGAGUCAUAAUUGUACAGUCAUAACUUGUGGUGAUAAAUAUUUAAAAUGACUGGUGGAUAAUUGACCUAGAUUUAAAUCAAAAUAUGUUAUGCUGGAAAUUUUUAUGGGAACACCAUGAAGAGUGUACCUUUUAAUUUUAGAUUUUCACUGUUCACUUUUAUAAAAAAUCAAAUGACUUUCAUCCACCAGCAUAUUUCAAGGUAGGGUUAUAUAAAGUUUUGUUCCAUCCCGAUUGUUACAGAAAGAUACUAAUUAAUAGUCGGUAUAUCAGUAAUGUUUUCACCUUUUUAUUCAAUAUAAAGUGCUUCCUUCAUUUUGGGUAGAAGUACGUGUGUGGGUUUUUUCUUGUGAAAUGUUUAUGCUAUUCUUGUGUGUGUAAAUAUAUUAUAAUCGUCGGAUUUCCAUCUUG